AUGGAAAGCUGUCCUCGAAAACAGCAGUUAGAUUCAGUGAAACAAAGUUCCUUUCAAAGUCACACUUUGGACAAUGUAACCAACACCUUAAGCAAGAGCGCCACAUUGAACGUAACGUCUUCUCGCUUUAGACAUGGAGAAGUUCUGAACGUGGAUUUCCGAGCGACAAUGGUUUCAACAACUUCAGCACCAACUCCAUCAGCGACAACCUCUCCGUUUUACCUUUUACGAGAUGAUCCUCGUGAGUUGAUAACAAGUUACUUUUGUAUGAAUAGCGUGACAGUAUUUUUGUGUUUUUUUAAUUCAACGUCGUUAUUUUUUUGCAGCCACACCGCUAGAAACAAAUGGUAGCCUUUUACAUGGCUUCGACCAGACACAAAAAGGCAAAAAGGUGAAGGAAGGUCUCAGUUCGUUUCUUCCGCAUUUGCCUGGUAAGGCUUCUUCCACAAUGCUUUAAUCAUAGUCUAAUUGUGAAGAAGGAAGUGCAUAAAUCCAUUGUCCCUUGGCUUACGUUACCCUGUAUGUACAUGAAAACGGCAAUUCAAUAUAAGUUAAGCACAUAUCGGCCAAAUGAGCCUAAAUAAGCUUAACCAAUAAUUGUUUUAAAACACUUUCUCAGUGUUCAAAUGCAAUAUGUUGUGUUAAGCUUAAUUUUUGUGACACUUUCAGCUGAUAAUUUCGUGCGUCAGUUUAGAAAUGCAGUUACAUUGUAAUUUCUCUAAACUAUAAGCUUCAAUUAAACAAUAUGCUGAAGUUUCCUACUCAAAAUUUGCAUUUAUGCUGAGCAAGCAUGUACAGUAUUUAAUAUCUGCAAAUUAAGUUUCAAAAUACCUGACCACAUCAAAUUAAAUUUCAAAAUACUUUGUGUACCUCUGGCUUUGCUGAAGAGCCUCCUACUUUAUCAGUGAUCACCUCCUACUUAAAAAUCUAUUGAGAACCCUGCUCCUGUGGUCCCACGGUAAUCAAGGAAAUAGUUCACCUUCAGUUUACACUCCCACAGUCCCAUUUCCCUGUAGCAGAAACUCAUGAGGGGUUGAAACAUGUAACUCUUUAUCUGAUCACGAGCAUGGAACGUGAGCUACAGGUUUCAAUCCCUUAUGAGUUUCUGCCUUUAGUCAAUAUAUCUAUUCAAAUCAACUAGUAAAACAACUACUCCCAGUCUUGCAGCCCUUUAGUCGAGAAAUUUAUCAAAAUCAAGUAUGUAGAAUGACUGCUCAAACCUAUAGUAAGUUAAAAUCAGGUACUGACAAAUACAUUGUUUGGAAUUAGUUUUAUUAACAUAUUUUACUUAAAGGCUUAAAGAAUGAGGAGUGACACAUAGAGUUUGACUCUAUAUUUGCCAUAAUAUUGCUUGGUAAAUUUUUUGCUUCUGCUCAUUCUGGUAUGUUUUCAAAGUUCUUUUCCCCCUCCACAAGUUCAAUGACAAAGUUGUCCGUGACUCUUAAAACUGAUAACAUCACAAACAGUACAAGGAACAUGGAUAUCUACAUGGAUACUUAACAAUUAUUCCUCGAGCCCGAAUGGACUCUGAGUCAAUAGCCCAUCGGCCUCGUGGGCUACUGACUCAGAGGCCAUGAGGGUGAGAGGAAUAAGAGGGCUUUUUGGCGGCAAAAAAGGAUUAAAGUCUAGCUUUAACUAGCUAAAAUGUUUUUAUUCUCGAUAUUUUUGACCAGCUAGUUGGAUUUUACUGAAACAAUUAUUGUUUUAGUAAAAAUUAUCCAACUAGUUGGUCAAAAAUAUUGAGAAUAAACAAAUUUUAGCUAGCUAAUUAAAGCUAGACUGUAAUCCUUUUUUGCUGCCAAAAAGCCUGCACUUUUCGCUACUACAGUCGAACCUCAAUUAUCUGGACUCGUUGGGACCAGCCGAAAUUGUCCGGAUAAUCGAUAGUCCAGAUAAUCGAAAAUAUGAAUAUUAAUAAAGAACAAAACUGAUUAAAUUGAGAAAGCGACAAUUAAUCGUGAAACAAGACUUUUACAAAUCGUUACGAUGCAUGCAAGCGCUGCUUUUGCUGUUUGAAAGCAAAAAAAACUCGCAUUUGACUGCACUUUUCAAUGCUGUAGUUUUAAAAAGGAUAUGGCUACGGAUCUUGAUUGUGACUUAUAAACAUUCAUGACCAAAUUGGGACUGGAGAAAAAGUCUGGAUAAUCGAGGUUCGACUGUAGUGGUCCAUAACAUAUGGCCUAGUAGUAGCUCAACCAAUAAGAACAUAGCAUUGAUAACAGACCACUAGUUGGAUUUUACUAAAGGUAAUUACAGGGGGUAAGCAAAACCACCCAAUAUAAUGGAGGUUGCCCAUAGGAAAGACCCCUUAUGGAACAUAGACCUCUCUGGCUCAAUUGCGUUUUAGAGAAUUUUCAGUUCUGACUAAUGAAGUGUGUUCCCUUUUUCUUUUUCUCUUUGUUCAGGUGUUAUAGAUGAACUUGGGGGACCCGAAACUAGGUAAAUAGACAUGGAAUAUUGCGUUACUGAUAUUGCUGCUGCUGUUAAUACCCGAAUAGGCCAUGUUUCAGUUGUGGGCUUAGUGUCCUAGCCUUUGAGUGAAUGUGAGACUGCAGUUGACCUUGUUUUGAUACAAACCUCAUCCCUUUUCUUAAGUAAAUUUUGCUUAAAAAAUACUAGUUAGCAUACAAACAACAUCAUUUACAUAAUAAAGCAGGAAGGGCUAUAUCAAAACAAGGUCAACUCCAGCCUUGUUUCUGCCUACAACUGUAAAAUGGUCUAUUCUAACAGCAUGAGACACAUGUACUUGAUACGAAUGUAAAAGCACAGUUAGAAUAACGUAUCAGUUCAAAUUUUUAUCAAUAAACUAGGAAAACUGCCUAGUUGCCAAUUUAACUCUUUUGUUUGGUGCCACAUAUAUUGUGAGAUGUUUUGUGGCUACAGUUGUGGUGCGAGAAACUAUAAUUAAUAUAAUGUUUUGGUGAACAUUCUGUAUUAAUUAGUAUGAACUUGUCAGAAUAAUGCAUAUUUAUGGCCUGUCACUAGCCUAAGGGUAGUAUCUGUUAGGCUGCAUGAUAUGUUGUACCGGAAAAUAUCACAACUUUACAGCGGACAUGAAAACUGUAACCACAUGCACUUACUCAAGGUUUUCUUGUGUAAAUUCUUCUGACUAAAAAGGCGGAUUUGUUAUCUCAGAUCAUAUGGAUUCUUCACCACUGGUCACCAGUGACUCAUCAUGGCGGCUGCAAUUUUUCCAGCUCUGGGUUAUUAGAGUCUGGAAUCGUCUCCCUUAUGGAGUUAUGUCAUCUUCUACAUUAAGCUGUUUUAGGCAGUCUGUUUUGCCUGCCAUUAGAUCACUUAAGGUGCCUUCACAUCUGCACAGGCUGUCACUGCUGACUGGUACCCUCCCAGUAUUAGAGGAAUCUCUAUCUUCUUUGGGAGUAUUUAUUCUAAGUUCUAAGUGCACAGAGCUUGCACAUGAAGAGAUCACAUUCAUUGAAGAAUUGUGCACCAAGUGGAAAAUCCUCCACAAUUCACUUUCAGAGUUAAAUGGUACAUGUUCUACACCAAUUCUAAUUUAUCAUCCAAUUUAGGUGAAAAGAAGUGUUACACCUACAAACAUAAAAAUUUAUUUGCUUUUAUUUUUUUGUAUUUAAUUUUCUUAUUUCAGUCUCCGUUCUGUGGUUGACAAGCCACCUAUUGGUGGGAAAGAGCUUUUACCAUUAACUGGACAUUCUUUGUCUGGAUUUCGCUUAAAUCCUGGUCCAGUAAGUGUACCUAAUAGUCUCAAACAUGAGUAAACAGUCCAACCUCAAAAUUGCCUGAAACUUGAUUUACCAGAUUUUUCUGUUUUACUUUUUGGUCUCGUGAUGAAUAAUCAUGGACAUCUUGAAAUGUGAUUGCUGUUUUUUUUUUCUAUUCAAACAUUGAAAAAUGCCGGGUUGUCACUAUAAAUGUCAAGUUGCCAGGUAAAUACAAGUAGGCAGAAGAUCAAACAGCUAGGGAUUUCUUUUGGUUCUAUUUUUCUUCUGUUUUCUAAUAAAAGUAGUUGAGGGCCACACUGAUAGUAGCCAGGGAAAAUUCCUGGCCCCGGGCGCUAAAUGACAACCCUGAAAAUGCCUUUGAACCAGAUUUUGUUUUUCUGUUGAAGAGCAAGAGUAGAAGAGUGCAUUCACCUGAAUUAUCACAAUAGAGUUUCUAAUUAUUACACCAUAGAUUACAGAUGAACCACUACUGUUGCUGUUCCCUUCUUUUGUAAAUCAUGAAAGUAGUGUUGAGAAAGAUAUUAUUAAUUUUAAAUAUUUUGAAUUUUCCAGACUAUUUACCCCAGUCCUGCCAAGUCCAGAUAAUCAAGGUUCUACUGCAGGAGUGGCCAUUUACUCAUGUGCUGUUUUAACUCUGCCUGAAACACUGCCAUGUUGUCUUUUAUUGUCCAGAAUUUUUUGUAUUUUUCUAGAUCCCUGAACAGUUCCGUUUCAUGAGUCAGCAUCCAGUUAAGAAGAAACACAGACACAAGAAACACAAAAGUCAAGACACUGAACGAAAUAAAGAUAGCGAAGCUGUUGGUCAAGGUUUGCGGCUACUUGAGCCAGAGAAGCCUGCAUCCUCUUCUGCUGGUACGUUACAAAAAAUGGAGAGGCUUAUAUCUUGAAAGGAAGGGGGAGUCUUACAACUGCUUUGAAACAAGCUAUAGCCAGUGCAUGAACUAAAUACAUUUUGCAUGUCUUGGUUAAAAUUAAGCUUCAAAACUUCACAAAUAGAGUGGCCUUUAUGCAUGAUUACAUGAGACGAGCAAAUUUCACCACCAGGUCUCUUUUGCAAGGAAAAUUCUCUGCAUUUGCAGUCUUUGUUGUGGAUAUUCUUUUCAAAUUUGCUGCCUCAGGAAUUCUUUUAUGCAAAACUUAGCAACUUUACAAUUUCAAAAUGAGGCUUGGUGGUGAAAUUUGCACAUCUGACAUAAACAUGCAUAAGGGCUAGUUAUUCAAUACAGGAGGGGGCUUAUUUCUGUGGGGGAGGGCUUACCGGUAAGUAAUUUAAGUGUAUCCAAAAAUCAAAUUAGCUUUGUAAUUCUUUCAGAUUUGAAUUCAGAUACAGUGUUAAGCCUGGAUUAGCUUAUAACCCUACUUUGAACAACUGAGCCUUAUUGACUCUAGAAAAAGAUAGUGUUUAGUGCUAAAUAAUAAUAUGUAGCUUCAAUAAAUAUGUUUAUUUUUCAACAGAAAAAUCAGAGGGAAGUCAUGAUUCAAAGAAACACAAAAAACAGGUUAGCCAAGUAGGAGCAUUUUGAUGCUUAAACAUUUUUCUUAGGAAUGAAUUUCAGAAUUACCAUUGUAGCAGAGUACUUCUCCAGUAUCCAAUAAAGUGUACAUAUUGUAAGAGAACUUCCAGUCUUUAUCAUGUGCUACUAUGUUGCAAAUGAUUUCUUAGAGGUCUCUUUUCUUUAAGGUAGAUGGAUUAUGGAGGUCUCCGUUCCUCUUUGCAUUUAGUCCUUGCUACAAAUUAAUAUGAAUUAUUAUAAAAUGCAGGUUUUUAUCUUAGGUUUUCAUUUCUUGUUUCAGAAAAAGCAUGAUGAUGGUGAAAGAAAAAAGAAAAAGAAAGAAAAGAAAAAGAAGAAGGUAAUCACACUGUAUUAUUGGCAGGGCAAAUUUACUUGAUUUUACUUGGCAAUAGAAAUUAACAGUGGGCUAACUUAUCUGUUCUAAUUUCAGAAACAUACCCCAGAUGCCACCCCUACAGGGGGAUUGGAACCCAGCUGAAGAUUAAAAUCCUUAGUCCUAUUAAUAUUAUUAGAUUGUACAUUGAACAUCUUAAGUUAUUAUCACUUUUUGGAUACUUCAUAAUACAGAACUCACAUAUUGUUUGCAGGUACAUUGUACAAAGUCAGGUAGUUUACGCAGGUAGAUGACAUUACUGUGUCGGUAGCCUUUUCCAGGAUGUCAGGUACAAAGUAUAGAAGGCAUUUAGUCUUAAGGAAAGUUUUUCUGUCUCAUUAAUGCUGGUAUUAUUUGCUGAUCUUUUUGUAUUUCUGUCUGUGUUUGUUCAGAAAGUGGACAGCACUAUCCACAAUAGAAAUAUUUCUGUAACUGAUUUAUUUGACAGAUGGUUUAUACACUCUUUAUAAACUGGGGAAUUGUUUUUUGAGAAAGCAGUGGAAUUAUGUUUUGUGUAAUUUCCAAACAUAUAUUGUAAAAUCCUAGCAGUUUUGCUAGAACCUGAAUUUUUUUGGUCUGUAUGUCUUUGCUUCUUUGCUCCAUAAUCCCAAGAAAGAAGUUUUCACAAGGUUACUUCUCUUUGACCGAAGUUUGCACACAGUGACAAUGCGACAGCAUCUAAAAUUCUGAUGAAAGAAGUGUCAUUUGUAUAGAAUUAUUUGUAUCCUGGGUAAAAAAAUCACUGUUUUGCCUUUGAGACACACCAUCACUGCUUUUCAAAUGAAAUCAAGUUAAUGUGUGAGAAAAUAAUCAUAGCUAUGUUUUUCUCAUUAUGUUCAUUUUUAUCUGAGUCAUGUCAUUGCCAUUACACAAAUGUCAAACAAAAUAAGUGGCUGUUUAACUUAUAUUUAACCCAUGCAGUUUGCACGAGAAAGAGCCACUUUUCUUAGAACAGUUGUUUUGGACUGUUGGGCACAACAGUUUGAAGGAUGAACACAUCGUGAAAUUUUAUACUGCUCCCAGUGUACAGAGUAGUAGGUAUUUAAGUAUUGCCCGGGACCGGGUUGUUUAAAGUUGGGUUAAGAUAACCCAGGGUUAGUGCGAAAUUUGAAAUCAGUUUUGAAUGCUUAAAAAGUACAUUCAGUUUAAUUCUUUCUGUCAACGAGUUGAUGAUUGGAUGCUCUUAGAAAUAACAGAGAAAAUUGUCGGAGAAAAUGCUUUUGAACAAAAGAAAAAGAAUCCCAGGUUAAAUUUAACCCUGGGUUAAGCGCUAAUCCGCCUUCAAACAACUGGGCCCAGAUCUUGACAAUAAAUGCAGAGUGUUGUUCAUUAGCAUCUCUCAGCAAACAGGGUAUUGAUCCAUUUUUAAAUAAUGAAAUUAAUUCCAAUCGACAAAACUUAAGAUCCAUUAAGUAAGAAUAGAGUCAAUGAAAUUAGGGAAACAUUGUAGAGUGACACUGGGGUCCUUUACUCAGUAAAAGGACACGACACAACUCUUAUACCAUAGAACUCUAUAUGAAAAUGAGUUAGUACAUGUUACAAUAUAAUUAAAGUAGAGGUGGUUUUAAAUAGGAACAAUAGUUGUAUUAUGGUUCUUUCACUGUCACAAAGUGUAAUAGGAUAAUUAUUUAUGAGAG